UUCUGUUAAAAAAAAAAUAUUAUAAAAAUAUAAAAUAAAAAGGAAAUUGAAAUCCUUUUAAAAAUAUUAAAUUAAAAAAACGUUGAGGUGAAAAACUAUUUUUAAAAUAGUGAAAAAAAAUAUUGAACAAGAAUAAAAAAAAUAUAAAAAAGUUAUAAGUUUUCAUCAGUUCAUUACAAAGGAAAAAUCUGUAAAUAUGAAAGCAACGCUGUGGAUGUGUUCCCUCCUUACAACGAUAUUAUUUUGCACAAAUAAUAUAUCGGCUGUUCCAUUGCGCUAUCCAGAUUCGAGAUACUUAGAGGAUAAUUUAUUGAUACCAAAGCGAUCCAAGCCAUCGUUAUCCAUCGUUAAUCCGCUCGACACACUACGACAACGGAUUAUGCUUGAAAUGUCUCGGAGGCAGAUGCGGGAGAAAGAGAAACAGAUCGAAGACAACAAGGCCCUUUUCCGUCAAAUUGGCAAACGCGGUGGUUUCGAUCCCUCCGCUUACUAUCUCGAGCCACUUUUCAGCGACUUUUCCAGCUUCGAGGACAACAAACGACGACAAAUUGACAUUAACACGGGCCAAGGAUCGGGUGACGUUGCGCGAAACGUGAACGGCGGUCGUCUGCCAGUCUACCAGCAAGUUUUGUCGUCGAAAAAUCACAAUGCCAGCGCAACGAGCAAGAGCAGCAGCAACAACAACAACAACAACGAUGAAAAUGACGUUCUCGCGGCGGUGAAUGGACUGGAUGCAAAUGAAUUGGAUAUCCCAAAUGACGAUUACAGGCUGCGCUAUGUCUACAGCAUGCAACAAAAUCGAUACAAUUAAGUUAAUUCUCGUUAUUUUUUUCUGUUUUGCUUGUUUCACAAUUGAAUUUAUCGAUGGAAUUAUCACAACUUUACGGACUGAGGAAAAGUUUAUCUUUCAACUAAACUAGAAA